AUGGAUUCACUCAGGCUUGUUGAAUGGCGGCGCUUCCGCGAUUUUCAGCUUGACAUUGCCUUGAUAGGCAUGGGUGCUUUUGUCCUCGUGACUGUCCUAUCCUGUUUUCUCUACAGUCUUGGGAAACGGCUCAGCCUCGGGAAGCUCAGCCUACACCCCUACCUUCGAUUUGCCUAUGUCAGUUUCUUUAAACCACAUGAUGCAAAGAAGGAUGCUGGACAACAAUCAGCCCUGGAAAGCUUCUAUUCCGCACAAGCUGGUGUUUAUGAUGCAACCAGAAAACGUCUUCUUCAAGGAAGAGAGGAUAUGCUAGCCAUUCUGGUCGCCAAGUUGCAAAGCAAAGCUCCAUCUGGGGAGAACCACAAGCCUGUCUGGUACGAUGUUGGAGGUGGGACUGGCUAUAACAUUGAAAUCAUGGAUAAAAUCGUGGGCAUUGAGAGCUUCUUCGAACAUGUCUUCCUCAUUGAUUUGUCCCCUUCUCUCUGUGAAGUUGCCAAUGAGCGGAUCCGUCAACAUGGUUGGAAGAAUGUCACAGUGCUCUGCCAGGAUGCUCGCUCCAUCGCUUGUAACGCGGCAUCGGCAGAUCUCAUCACAAUGAGCUACAGCCUAUCUAUGAUCCCAGACUUUUAUAGUGUGGUUGAUAUGCUGACUGGAUUUCUGGCUCAUGGCGGCCUGAUUGGUAUCUGCGACUUUUACGUUCAAAGCAUUGUGGAUGUAUCUUCCAGGAAUUACAUCGGAGGAACUUUCAAUCGUCAUGUCAACUGGGUUGGCCGCAUGUUUUGGCGCACCUGGUUUGAUGCAGAUCGAGUCAAUCUCGAUGGCGGGAGACGAGACUAUCUUGAAUAUCGCUUCGGUACGGUCUUGUCGAUAAGUGAGCGGAAUUAUCUUCUAGGAGGUAUUCCGUACUAUAUCUUCAUCGGAUGCAGGCGAGAUGCCGACACCAUUACCGGGGAGGGUCAAAAUGCGAUAGAGAAGAUCGACGCGGCACUGACGGAAUCACCUUACCUGUCGCCCAUGAAAUAUCGAGAACAGCAGACAUUGGAUGUACAGCAAGACAUUCCCCGAUCGAAAUUGUACGAAUCCGCGAUCAUCAACCUAAGUUCCAAUCUUCCACUGCCGGCAGCAUUUUACCAACAACACAACUGGAGGAUCCACUACAAUGAUCUACUUCAGAAGCAUCAACAAUUUGGCAGUGAAUACAUCUAUGCCUUCAACUGGGAGGAUCCGGCAGUGGAUCGACAGCUGCUGAAGAUCACAAAGGACGAUGUCAUCCUCACGAUUACCAGUGCCGGUGACAAUAUCCUUGAUUACCUGCUCGAGCAACCAAGACGAAUACAUGCCGUUGACCUCAACCCGAACCAAAAUCAUCUUCUUGAGCUCAAAGUCGCUGCUUUCACAGCCCUCUCUCACUCGGAUACUUGGCAGCUCUUUGGCGAAGGCAGACAUCCGGAUUUCCGCAACCUACUUCUUCAAAAGCUUAGUCCUCACAUGUCUAGCCAAGCCUUCCAAUACUGGUUAAACAAAACGAACGUUUUCACUUCGACGGGCGGGUUGUACGAGAGUGGCGGCUCCAGGCAUGCGAUCAAGCUUGUACGCUGGCUUGUCAAGCUGUUCGGCAUGACCGCUAAAGUGCAAACGCUGUGCAAGGUGGAGACGCUGAACGAACAACGUGAGAUCUGGCCGACGAUUCGAAACCUAUUGUUGAGCAGGCCUCUUCAUCGUGCCGUGGUGUCCACUGAAUGGUGGGCCUGGAAGGCUGCUGGUGUCCCUCCAGCCCAGCAUGCUUUGAUCGUGAAUGACUUUGCCGAGAGGUCAAAGUCAUCGAACGGUAAAAUACCUUCUAGUGAGGCUAUCUGGCAGUAUGUCGUCGACACUCUCGAUCCUGUGGUUGAGACAACGCAAAUCAGCAGAGACAACUACUUCUACUACGUCUGCUUACAGGGGAAGUACUCGAGAAAAUGCCACCCUCGAUAUCUCGGAGCCAAAGCACACGCAAAGCUAUCUAAACCAGGCACAUUUGAUGGCCUCCGCAUUCAUACCGAUGAGCUCAUGGAAGUCAUUUCUCGAAUCAGCCCUUCUACAUUAACAAUCGCAAUUCUCAUGGACUCCAUGGACUGGUUCAACCCUUCGGAAACAGCGGCACAGAAACAAAUCCUCGCACUGAACAAGGUCCUCAAAAUCGGUGGGCGAGUCUUCUUCCGCUCUGCUGCCCUCAGACCCUGGUACACGGAUAUCUUCGAGCGCAACGGUUUCGAGGCCAAAUGUGUUGGUCGUAGAGAUCCAGGGAAAUGUAUUGAUCGGUAA